GGAUCUCUCAGUAAAUUGAGAUUAAUUCUAUCUUUCUUCCGCCGGACAGAAUCCAGUUGAAAGAGAGCCCUCGUCUCCUUUGACCAUUGUUUACUUACCACCAGCAAAAGGGUUUGCUUCAAAUUUUGGGGGAAAUUUUGUUAAUUUUGUUUUUAGGGGAAUUCAAUAACCUAGGCGUAUUUUAUACUGAAUUCAAUUCUGAUUAUUAAAUUUGAAUUUCCCCAAAUUUUUUUUUGUGUCAAUCAAUAAAUGGAGGACGGUAAUGAAGAAGUUAGCGUGGAAGAGCUCGCUUCGAAUCUCUCUACGUACAGAGAACAGCUCCAACAGGUCCGCAGCUUGUUGCAUGAUGAGCCUGGAAAUGCUGAGUAUUUGGACAUGGAGAAGGAGCUUGUGGAGGUGAUAUCUUUGACUGAAGAGCUUCUAGCCACCGCAAAACAAAAUGAAAAUGCAGGAUUGGCUGCUGGGACCAGUGGUGACCUGUCAUCUAGCUUAAGCCCCGCUGGAAAUUUCUCUAAGGAAUCAAGACCUGCACCUGAUUCGAAUAAGUUUCCCAUUGGCUCUAAAGUUCAGGCUGUUUGGAGUGAAGAUGGUGAAUGGUAUGAUGCAACAGUUGAGGCUCACACUCCAAAUGGAUAUUAUGUUACAUAUGAUGGAUGGGGGAAUAAGGAAGAGGUGGAUCCAGAUAAUGUUCGAGCAGUUAACGAAGGGGAUGUAAAUCCGUUAUUGGAGGCAGAGAAAGUUGCUCAGGCUACUAAAGAAGCUCUUAAAAGGAAAAUUGCACAAGCUGCUGUUGCUGACUUUCAGUCAAAAACUUUACCUGCAAAACUUCGCAUUGAGCCUGAUGAUCCCGAAGAUGUGAAAGCUGCUAAGCGCAAAAAGAUACACUCUUUCAAGUCUAAGAUGCGAAUGGAGCAACUUGAAAUGACUCAGAACAAGAGGCAAAAUGAUUGGCAGCAAUUUCAGACAACCAAAGGCCGUGCUAAGAAGGCUGGUUUCUUCUCUGGUCGAAAGCGAGAAAGUAUAUUCAAAUCUCCAGAUGAUCCACAAGGGAAGGUUGGAGUAACUGGAAGUGGGAAAGGUUUGACGGAUUUUCAAAAGAGGGAGAAGCACCUGCAUCUUAAAGGUGCCAACGCUGAGGUUGCUGAUGAUUAGUUAAUAUAUUUCUAGAGGAGUUGGAACAGCUUCUGUUUUCCCCACUAUGCUUUAAAUUGAAAUAUCAUCAAGAAGGUAGAUUAUAUUGUGGUGUUUAGUGAAAUAGUGAAAUCGAUAUCCAACAUGUGUCUUGUAUCUUUAGUUACACCAGCAACAGGCAUCUUGCAGAUUUAACAUAUGUGUCUUGUAUCUUUGCCCAAGUCAUCUUGCAGAUUUUGAAACUCAGAUGAAACUCGACAUUCUCUUUCAAGUUUUCACGAUUAUAUUCUCCUCAUGGUCUUACUCUGUUUUUCUCCAGUUCCUCAUUAAAUUCACCUAUAGGUC